AUUUAAUUGUAAAUUGUUGAUGUAUUUGCCUUUAUGUUCAGGUGGUUAUUAGGAAGUCUUGUUAUUACAGUGCUCUAAAAUUUUACUGUGAUAUGUUUCUAAUGUUAUGUAGAGUGAGAUGAUGAAUUGUUUCCUUUUCAAUUGGUAAUGCAUGCUUGCAUGUUUUCUUAGGAUGGAGCAUGGAGGGGAGAUCAGGAUGAAACCAGGACUGAAGAAAUAUGCCUGUGAUCUCACCCUGGAUCCCAACACAGUACACACACGUCUCCAUCUGUCUGAGGGGAACCGGAAGGUGCAGUGUUUGAAACAGGAUCAACAUUACGCCGAUCAUCCAGACAGAUUUGAGUACUGGCCGCAGGUGCUGAGUGUUCAGAGUCUGACUGGACGCUGUUACUGGGAGGCUAAGUGGAGUGGGGAGAAGGAUGCUGAAAUAUCAGUGUCAUACAGAGGAAUCAAGAGGAAAGGAAAAAGUGAUGACUGUGUGUUUGGACGCAAUAAUCAGUCCUGGAGACUGAACUGUUCUAAAAACAGUUAUUUUGUCUGGCACAAUAAUCGGACUACUGAGAUACGGCUCCCCACCUCCUGCUCCCACAGAAUAGGAGUCUAUCUAGACUGGGAGUCCGGCACUUUGUCUUUCUACAGAGUCUCACCUGGCACGCACACACUGACCCACCUACACACACUCGCCACCACGUUCAGUGAACCGCUGUAUGCGGGAUUUAGGGUUUUGGAUAAUCAGUCCUCAGUGUCUGUGUGUGUGUGAGAGACAAAACCUUUACAGAGGGUUUGGGCUUUGGGUUGGAUAAGAUCUGUUGAAAAAACAUCAUUGCAGGUAACUAGUUUCUGGGCGUGUAUCUGACAUGUCUAACAGAGAAAAGUGUUAGGCUAGUAGAACAAUGUAAGACUAGUAUAAACAAUCAGAUCCUAUUGCCUACUUUCAAGUGGACUAACAGUGCUUAUCUGAGCUAUAAUGCAAGCCAGAAUGUAUAAGGUGCAUCUUAAGCAACGAUGUUUUUGCAGAAGGUUUCUAUCUGUCAAUUUAAAUUAAAACAAAAUGUACUGGGAA